CACAUUGCGCUGCCAAAGGAAAAUCAGACCUUUCUGAAAACGGUCUUUGAAAUGAGUGUGUGAAAUUAAUAUGGAUUAUGGCUCCCCGACCAGAAGCUGACAAUCACAGCACAAGCACUCAAUCCAAGGAGCAAGUGAUUCUUCCCGCGUAUUCCACUGUAGCGCUGAUGGAUGAAGAACCGGAGCCCUACGAUCCCUGGAGUCUCCCGGAGCUCCAGGAUACCGGGGUCAAAUGGUCAGAGCUCGACACGAAAGGGAAGGUCCUCCGAGUUGUGACAUCCAUUGGGAAGUUUUUUCUCCUGCUCGGGUUUCUCUACAUCUUCGUUUGCUCUCUGGAUGUCCUGAGCUCAGCCUUCCAGCUGGUUGGAGGGAAGGCGGCAGGGGACAUCUUUCAGGAUAACGCAGUGCUGUCCAACCCAGUGGCGGGCUUGGUGAUUGGGGUGAUGGUGACCGUGCUGGUGCAGAGCUCUAGCACCUCCUCCUCUAUCAUAGUCAGCAUGGUGUCCUCUGGCUUGCUGGAAGUGCAAUCUGCUGUACCGAUCAUCAUGGGGGCCAACAUCGGAACAUCUGUCACCAACACCAUCGUGGCCAUGAUGCAGGCAGGGGACAGAAACGAGUUCCGCAGGGCGUUCGGAGGGGCCACGGUCCAUGAUUUCUUCAACUGGCUGUCAGUGCUGGUGCUGCUCCCCUUGGAGGUAGCCACGGGCUUCCUGUACAAGCUCACUGAGCUGAUGAUCGACUCCUUCCAAAUCGAGAGUGGCGAGGACGCCCCUGACCUUCUGAACGUCAUCACCGACCCCCUGACCAACUCCAUCAUCCAGCUCGACAAGUCUGUGAUCAGUGACAUCGCUACUGGAGACCCUGCCGCGAAGAACAAAAGCCUCAUCAAGAUCUGGUGUAAAAAGAACACGACCACGGAGCUGACCAAUGUGACUGUGCCCGGGAUUGCAAACUGCACUGAGGGCGCCCUCUGCUGGCAGGAGGGCAACCUGACAUGGACAGAGCAGAACGUGUCUGUGACCAUAAACCUAGAAAAGUGCCAGCACAUCUUUGCUAAUGCUAACCUGCCGGACCUGGCGGUGGGCCUGAUCCUGCUGGCUCUGUCCCUGCUGGUGCUCUGCACCUGCCUCAUCCUCAUCGUCAAGCUGCUCAACUCCAUGCUGAAGGGCCAGGUGGCCGUGGUCAUCAAGAAGGUGCUCAACACAGAUUUCCCUUUCCCCUUCAGUUGGGUGACAGGCUACAUCGCCAUCCUUGUUGGAGCAGGGAUGACCUUCAUCGUGCAGAGCAGCUCAGUCUUCACCUCCGCCAUCACCCCCCUCGUCGGUAUUGGUGUUAUUAGCAUCGAGAGGGCCUAUCCCCUGACGCUAGGCUCCAACAUCGGCACCACCACCACCGCCAUCCUGGCUGCCAUGGCCAGUCCGGGAGAGACGCUGGCUAACUCCCUGCAGAUCGCUCUGUGCCAUUUCUUCUUCAACAUUGCCGGGAUCCUGCUGUGGUACCCCAUCCCAUUCAUGCGCGUGCCCAUCCGCCUGGCCAAGGCCCUGGGCGACCGCACCGCCAAGUACCGCUGGUUCGCAGUCCUCUACCUGAUCCUGUGCUUCCUGGUGCUGCCUCUGGGCGUGUUCGGCCUGUCGCUGGCCGGGUGGCAGGUGCUGGUAGGCGUGGGCGUGCCCAUCCUCGUGCUGGCACUCGUCGUCAUCGUCAUCAACGUCAUGCAGUCGCGCUGGCCCCAGCACCUGCCGGCCGUGCUGCGCACCUGGGACUUCCUGCCCAGGUGGAUGCACUCGCUGGCCCCGCUGGACCGCGUGGUCACCGCCGGCAUGGCGUUCUGCGGCACCCGCUGCUGCUGCUGCUGCAAGUGCUGCCGGAACGCCGGCAGCGGGGAAGAGGACGGCGACGACAAGGCCGCACUGGAGAAGAAGGGCCCGCGUGACCUGGAGAUGUACGACAACCCUGCCCUGUCCCAUGAAAACGAGCCGGAGGCGGCUCCGAGGGGCGCCAGCGGGCAGGGAGACCUCAAAGCCACGCAACUGUAACCCCGCCCCCACAGGCCUGUAAACACUCCGCCCAC